AUGGCAUCGCCGAACCUGAGCCACGUUUCUCCAGCCGGGUCCUCCGACUCUUCUCGUCCCAAUUCUGCAACCGAUACACAAACUCCUCCCAGAAGAAAUCCAUCGCUACGAAUAUCGCAUAUGCCUAGCGCGGCUUCACAACAUCGGCAGUCGUUCAACGAGCUGAGGGGCGCACCGGGUAGUCCGCGAUCUCAGAGGCAACCCUCGCUUUCGUCAAUAGCCGUUCAAGAACUCAUAGACAACCCACCGCAACGCGGCAAUCCUGAUCCUCGUUUCGCAAAUCGAGAUUGGCGGACUAUCAAGGUCCAGGAACUGACCAGUCCCCAUGACUUGAGAUUCGUGCAGAGUGAUGUUCCCGUGGAGGCGGCGACGAAUCUUCUCAUAUCAUGCGAGGCUCCCGUACUUCUGAUUCGAGACGAGGAAGAUGGGCCAGUCGUUGGCACCUUCGACUACAGAGAUCUCAAUGCCUACUUGCUGAUGAACAUUGGCCGUCUUCAGCCUGAUGAAGAGCACAUCGCCGAUUUUGCCGAAAUGGUGCAGAAGGCCCGCGAAGGCAAGGCAAUCCCGCUACGAGACAUCAAGGACUGGGGCAAGAAAGAACCACUCACGUUUCUCUCGGGCAAUGCCGACCUUGUUCGUGCCAUCGAUGUCUUUGGCAAGGGGCUACACCGCAUUGUUAUUACCGAUGACGCGGGAGGAGUGACUGGUCUGUUGAGUCAAUCUCGACUGAUCCGCUUCCUGUGGGAGGAAGGUAGACACUUCCCAAUGUUGGAGCAGCUCCAUGGCUACUAUCUGCGAGAUUUGAAAAUUGGCUCCAAUGCGGUCAUAUCAGUCAAUGGGGACACAGAGCUCCGCGAUGCACUUUCACUCCUCCACAACGAAGGCGUGUCAUCGCUGGCCGUUGUCGACAACUCAUCGAACGUGGUUGGCAAUAUCUCUGUAGUCGAUGUCAAGCUCCUCACGAAGUCUACCUCAUUACCCUUACUCCGCAACACCUGCAUCCACUUCGUCUCGUACAUCCUCUCAAAUCGAGGCAUGGAGAACGGCAAAGACUCUUUUCCAGUCUUCCACGUCACACCAAUGAACACUCUCGCGCACAUUGUCGCCAAGCUCGUCGCAACCAAGAGCCAUCGUCUGUGGGUAACAGAACCAAUCUCACCGUCCUCCUCCGGUCCUCCUACACCAUCACUCCACACAGCAACUCUGGUCCCAACAUCAUCACACUCCUCGUCACCCAGUUCCAGUUCUGGUCAAUCGUACCCUGUCGUAGCUCCGCCAGCACUGUCCGCGGAUCCUGGCAACGUUGCAGAUGCAUCUCCCAAGACACCUUUCAUCUCACCACUAGGUCCGUCUAUCUCUGCCAGCGCAAUGCCUGGUGCCCGCAUCAGUGGCCAUCUCGUCGGCGUGGUCAGUUUGACAGACAUCCUGAUACUGUUCGCACGCGCUGGAGGUCUAGACGCGGCGGAUCCGAACGACAUUCGAGCCCGGCGGAGACGAUCGAGUUCGUCGAGUGCAAGACCGAGUGUUGACCUGGGCAUACGACCGAGACCGUCUAUGGACUUGCAGCGGAAGGCUUCUGGGGGCCCUUGA